AUGGCCAACGAACGGAACUCGUACCGGGACCUGAUCACCUGGGGCUCGACGCUGGACUACGAGCCAUCGAGAUCUCGCGCGGGCGAAGCUGCUGUUCCAGAAGGCCAAGACGAACCUGUCGCUCGAACGCGGCCACGGGAUCGCCGGGAUCAAUGGCAACGACAGGGCCUUGGCUUGUCUCUGUCUCUGUCUCCUGAUCGGAAAGCCUUGGAGACCUCCUUACAACGCACCUCGGGCGUCUCGGCCCGGAUAUUCUCAGGAGGCCUACGAGAUCUGCCGCGGAUUCUAGAGGUGAGGAGUGGCGGGACAUCAUCGAGUGCCAGUCCGAGACGAAAAGCGUCAGCGAGCAAGGGAGAGAGGGCCAAGGGAGUCGGAUUACCGAGCAGCAGUCGGAAGGCGCGGGAAGAAGGCUCGGCCAAGCCUGUGGCGAGCGGGAGUGUACGCAAGAAGGAAGCCGGUGUGGUCCGGAGCUCUCGCGAGACGCUGAUGAACGCCGCCAACACGCCUCUGAAGCGGCCGGCCUCGGCGCUCGUAGUCGACCAAGACGAGGACGACGACGUGCUCCUGCGUUCAUCGCCCACGGCCAAGCGUCGAUCCCGCCGCACCGACGAGUCUUCCGGCCCCCCACCGGUCCUUGUUCAGCCCGUCCAGACCAUCGAUCUGUCCCCAGGCUCGGCCACUCGCACUCCUCGACCACAGAACCUCCACAACCCUCUCCUCCUCGAACCCACUACUAGCGUCCGAACAAUCAGGAAAACUCCCCUCGCUCUGCCCAUCCAUCGCCCCCACAAACCCAUGUCCAUCUUCCACUCCCAUCCCCUCCUCAACCCUUCAAAACCAACCCCCACGCUUCCUGUUAACUUCAGCGAUUGGAAUUGGAAGUCGAACCUUUUUCAUGCCAAUUGGUCGCUCGAUGAUAUUCUUGAAUGGGAGCGCUGGAACCAAAAGGCCCUCGAAAGUUCUCUCUCUUGA